UUAAAAUUGAGAUCUGUACACACCGAUGCUCGGUUUUUUGUGCAUGCCUUAGCCUAAGUCACAGCCAUUUGUGAGCUAAUAAAAUGCUUAAGGAAAGCAAGGUGUCCAAGUUAUAAGGAGUAAGGGGGGGUUCAUUUAAGUAAAUUUAUUCAUUUUCGGGUCUCAUCAUUGUACUAUUCAGUGAAUGAGAUGUGUUCUAUAAAUUGGGGCUUUUGAUUUUGAAAGAAAUUCAGGAACUCAGGCUCGGUGCUGAAAGUCCACGACAACGCAAGGUAUCUGCGAUUCUGGCUCAAAGCAGGUCAAGGCAAAGUGUGUAUGACCACAGAGAUUUUUGGAAUGGAGCCAGGAGAAGGGACUACCGUCUCAUAUACAACUGGUAGAACAUCCACCACAGCAGAAACCACUAUACCAACUGCUUCUACUACUGCUAAAAUAGCAUCCGCCGCUACCACAGAAUCUAUCACAGCGGAAACCACUAAAUCAACAAAGAACUCUGUGACUACCGUCUCCUAUACCACUACUAGAACAUCCACCGCUGCAGAAACCACCACGCCCGCUGAUGUUGACAUUAUGACAACCGAGGACUAUGUGACUACCAUCUCCUAUACCACUACCGGAACAUCCACCACUGCAGAAACCACCACGCCCGCUGAUGUUGACAUCAUGACAACCGAGGACUAUGGAAAACAACAACUCUAUCGCUAUGCUGCCUAUGCUCUCGCCGGAAUUGUUUUGGUCUUCCUCAUCAUAAUUGGCGCACUAAUAAGGCGGUUAAGACAAGCUGUGAGGACCGGUAGAAACAUUGUUACAGACCAUGAUAUCCCUGUCUCACCUGCUGAACGGCAAGAGUCAGAGUCUGGUCACUAUAUGGAACUCAGGCCUCCUCAAAUGCAGUCACCUGAACCUACGUAUGAGUCAUUGCAAAGCAGAUACUCGACUCAUUAUUACAGCAAUGUAGGAUUUGUGGGGGAAAAAUCAGGGAAUGAUGAUAUUAGAGUUUAUGAAAAUGUUGAGUCAGGUGGUAUCGUCUGAAAUUAAAGUUUAGAUAUCACAUCAAAUUUUCCAACACAAAUUUAAGUGAUCCUACAAUCUUAUUGGUUCGUGGUGUGGGUGAACUUCUCUAAUUUGUCCCAAUAACUAGGAAACAAACGUUAUCUUGAUAUAGUUGAGUGCAAUAUCUUUAUUCGAAAGAAAAAUAAAGGAAUUUGA